UAUGGAGACGGCCGGGCAGGAAUCCGGGGGGCCGGGCCGCGCCGCGCGAUAAAAGCCGCCGGGCCCCGGCACCCACCGAGCGCCACAGCUGAGAGCAGCGUCUCUGCCCAGCCUGAGCCGGAGCGACACACACCCCCCAGAAAGCCGCCACCAUGUGUGAUGAGGAUGAGACCACCGCGCUCGUGUGCGACAACGGCUCCGGCCUGGUGAAGGCUGGCUUCGCCGGGGACGAUGCCCCCAGGGCCGUCUUCCCCUCCAUCGUGGGCCGCCCCCGCCACCAGGGUGUCAUGGUGGGUAUGGGUCAGAAGGACUCGUACGUAGGGGAUGAGGCGCAGAGCAAGAGAGGCAUCCUGACUCUGAAGUACCCCAUCGAGCACGGCAUCAUCACCAACUGGGACGACAUGGAGAAGAUCUGGCACCACACCUUCUACAAUGAGCUGCGCGUGGCCCCCGAGGAGCACCCCACCCUGCUCACUGAGGCCCCCCUCAACCCCAAGGCCAACCGUGAGAAGAUGACCCAGAUCAUGUUUGAGACCUUCAACGUGCCUGCCAUGUACGUGGCCAUCCAGGCGGUGCUGUCCCUCUAUGCCUCCGGCCGUACCACCGGUGAGUGCCCCCGCCCCACCCCCGGCCCCCAAUGGAAGAAGGGACGUGAUCCAAAGGAAAGGGACGGGGUUCGUGUGGUUAGGGAGGAUGGGGGCGUGGCCAAUAGAACGCCGAGCAAGGCUGACAGGGAAGGGGCAUGGCUCAGAACUAAGGGGCUGGACCGCAGUUCCUGUGUGAUCUUUGCUGCCACGUGCGGCGCCUGCCCCGGGGGCUCCUCGGACCUCCGUGUGCCCGCUCCCUCCGCGCCCCUGUGCCGCUCCCUCCCCAUCCCCGCCUGCUCUGACCCCUGUUCUUCCACCCCCCGGGCAGCCGAGCGUGAGAUCGUGCGCGACAUCAAGGAAAAGCUCUGCUAUGUGGCCCUGGACUUCGAGAACGAGAUGGCCACGGCCGCCUCCUCCUCCUCCCUGGAGAAGAGCUACGAGCUGCCUGAUGGGCAGGUCAUCACCAUCGGCAACGAGCGCUUCCGCUGCCCAGAGACCCUCUUCCAGCCUUCCUUCAUCGGUAUGGAGUCUGCUGGGAUUCAUGAGACCACCUACAACAGCAUCAUGAAGUGCGACAUCGACAUCAGGAAGGACCUGUACGCCAACAAUGUCAUGUCCGGCGGCACCACCAUGUACCCCGGUAUCGCUGACCGUAUGCAGAAGGAGAUCACUGCCCUGGCUCCCAGCACCAUGAAGAUCAAGAUCAUCGCUCCCCCCGAGCGCAAGUACUCUGUCUGGAUCGGUGGCUCCAUCCUGGCUUCCCUGUCCACCUUCCAGCAGAUGUGGAUCACGAAACAGGAGUACGACGAAGCCGGCCCCUCCAUUGUCCACCGCAAAUGCUUCUAAGCAGGCUGACACGAUGCCGCCGGGACCCGCUCUCAGGACGACGGUGCUGCCGGGCUGCCGGAGCCCGUCUAACUCCCCCUUUACUUUUGUAACACCCCCUGCGACGGGCGCCGCCACCUCCCCGUGACGCGGUGUCUGUAAAGUGUACAUACGUUAAUUUAUUUUACCUCGUUUUGUUUAUUUUUCAAACCAUGCCCUGCGGAAGGAAACACGAAACACUUCAAGAAGCAUUAAAUCAUCAGUCAUUCUGGCACGCCCCACG